GAAUCCAGACCACAAAUUACCCCCACAUCAGCCUUAAGGUAGCCCCUCCGUGGAAUCUGUUCGAUUUCAAACAACAACACCGGGCACCGAUUUUUUGGCUGGAAACCUGCGCUCGAUACACCCCUCGAUCUGUUAGCAGUCAAACCCCAUCCUACUCUCAACUAUUGAACUCGAAGUCAACGGACAACUCCACGAUGACCACCACAUCCAAGCAGCGCCUGGCGCUGGCAAUCUGCGACUUCCUCUCGACGUCGCUGACUGAUGGCACCCUGCAGGCCGACGAAAAGGACAAUGUCGAGAUUGCCAUCAACUGCAUCGGUGAGGCCUUUGGCGUCGAUCCCAACGACAAAGCGGCCGUGUCCCAGGCCAUCGGCUCCCAGAGCCUCCUCCAGAUCUACUCCGUCUACGAGACGCUAAAGAAUGCCGGUCCUCCCAAGCCAGCCGCUGAGUCCUCGUCCUCUACCUCCGCGCCAUCAACAGCCGGCCAGCAGCCCACCGAAGAACAAAAGAAGCAGGCCGAAGCACUCAAGUUAAAAGGCAACGCCGCCAUGGCCCAGAAGGACUACCCUGCUGCCAUCGACUUCUACACGCGGGCGCUGGCCCUGCUCCCGGGCAACGCGAUCUUCCUCUCGAACCGCGCAGCGGCCUACAGCGCGGCGCGCGACCACGAGUCGGCGAAAGCCGACGCCGAGGCCGCCGUGGCCAUCGACCCCAAGUACACCAAGGCUUGGAGCCGUCUGGGUCUGGCACGCUUUGCGCUCGGCGACGCCAAGGGCGCGAUGGAGGCUUACCAGAAGGGCAUCGAGCACGAGGGGAAUGGCGGGAGCGAGGCCAUGAAGAAAGGGUAUGAGACAGCCAAGCGGAGGGUGGAGGAGAUUGCUGCGGAUGAGGCGGCGGCGGCAAAUAACAGCUCGACGCGUGACGCUGGGGCCGCUGCCGGCGGCGCCGGAGGUGGUGGUACGCCGAGUCUAAGCGACCUGGCGGGCAUGUUUGGCGGUGGACGGGGUGGUAAUGGCGGUGGCGGUGCCGGCGGUGGCCUGCCCGACUUCGGGUCCAUCAUGAACAACCCGAUGUUCGCGUCUAUGGCGCAGAACUUGAUGAGCAACCCGGACUUGAUGGCCAAUCUGAUGAACAACCCGCGCCUGCGCGAGAUGGCCGACUCGUUUGGGAGGGGCGGUGGCAUGCCGGAUAUCGGCUCGCUCAUGUCCGAUCCUAACAUUGCUGAGAUGGCGAAGAACUUGAUGGGCGGCGCUGGACGGGGUGGCCCUGGUGCAGAGAGGUGAUAACCGUUGGAUAUUUCAGGCUCUUUAUCAAAUUCUCGUCUUCGUUUCAUUUCAUUGCUAUCAGGCCAGGCCAACUAGAGACGCGGGAGUGCAGAUAUGCAUCUGGUGCGAGACCAUGCUUACCUUCUGUGUCUUCAUACCUAACGUAUGUGUUUCCGUGACCGCAUUGCUAGAGAACCACUAUUGUCCCGGGUUUGUAGUAGGCAGAGUGAAUAUAUGCCGA